AUGGGAAAAACAGCUGAUUUAUCAGACUUCGAUAAAGAUCAAAUCGUUAUGCCUCGGCGACUAGGAACAGCAAUAUCAGAAACGUCGCGUUUAAUGGGUUAUUCACGUGCAGUUGCUGUGAGCAUAUAUCGAACGUGGUGUAUGGAUGGUGAAACGACAAGUCGCCGGCCAGCGGUGUGUCGUCCAAGGCACAUUGAUUUCAGAGGAGAGCGGAGAUUUUUAAGCAUUGUUCGUCCUGACCGAAGAGCCACAACAUCUGAAAUCACUACCAGCUACAACAGUGGCAAGCCAGACAGUGUUUCACAAUACAUUGUGCAGCGUACCUUGUUGCGCGUGGUCUUUCGCAGCCGGAGGCCGACACAUGCCCCUGCACUGACAGCACGUCACCGCCAGCUGUGUCUUCAAUGGGACAAGAAACAUCAGAAUUGGACGUUAGAAGAAUUAAAGAAGGUUGCAUGGUUACGUUUUCUGAUCCAUCACAUCAACGGGCAUGUGUGA